AUGGGAGGAGAAUUUAAGAAAUCAUUUAAUAUAUUACUUAAUGACACAGAAGCGAUGGAAACAGCCAGGCUUGAUGUAAAGAACGAAAAAAUGUUGAGCAGUAAACCUGAUAAACAGUAUAUUAAGCAAAUAGUACGACUAUUAAAUGAACGAUUUAGUACAACACCAAAUAUAAGAGAAAGUAAGAGUCCAGGAAAUAUUCCACAAGGCUUUGAUCUUGUAUCUCGUGCGGUGAAUAUUGGCGGAGAAUUUAAGAAAUCAUUUCAUAUAUUACUUAAUGACACAGAAGCGAUGAAAACAGCCGUGCUUGACGUGAAGAACGAAAAAAUGUUGAGCAAUAAACCAGAUAAACAGUAUAUGAAGCAAAUAGUGCGACUAUUAAAUGAACGAUUUAGUACACCGCCAAAUAUAAGAGAAAGUAAGACUCCAGGAAAUAUUCCACAAGGCAAUGAUGCUUAUUACAACACGCCACCUCAAGUUCGUGUUGUAAAACGUCCGAAACUGCUUCAGAAACACAAGAAGAAAAUGUCGAAGCCUUAUAUGCGACCAGAAGACUUGGAGACGACGCCAAGUAACAAUGUCUACUAUAAUACCCCUCCAGUAGUCCUUGGGGUAGACAGUAAUGCAAUAUUAAAGAAGCAAUAUGGAAUUGAGAAACAUAUCACGCAAAGAACGAAGGUACCAAGAUAUAUUCCACGGAAAUACAAGAGUACAGUUAAUACAUCGGAUAAAAGUCCUGUGUCUCAAAAAUCUGGAUUAAGAAAAAGAUUUCAUGAACCAUUGCGGCAAGAAUCAACAUUUGCAGCAAUAAAUAUUCUACAAGGGGACGAAGCAUUACAAGAUGUGACUCAACCAGUUCCUGCUACGUAUGGUGAGCAGGAGGAAUCUUCAGAAAAAGAGUUCAGUGCAUCGCCAAAUAUCAUGAGAUCGUCGUCUUUGGCGCCAGGAGAUGUCCUGUAUGGUUUCGUGUUGGCAGAACAAUCUACAAAAGAGCCACAAAUAGAAGCUUACUAUCAGAAAAUGGAGGCAAAUAAUAUAGGGUACCUGAGCGUGGCGUUUGAAGGUCUGUGUGAACAUAUGGCAUCCAAGAAACAAGAACAUGUGACGGAAAUAGUGAAACAUACCGAAUUUAUUGUUGAAGAGUUGCAGAAUACCGGGCGUCUUCUAUGGCUUGGGGAGCCAAUGACUACUAUUCUACGGGACCUAUCUAUUCUAUUAGCAACUGAUUCCGCAGAUGUGCUGCAAGUUCGCGCUAUGAUCCUCAAAUCCCUGAUGCAGCAGAGACGGAAGAUUGUUGGAACAGAUGUCAACGAGGUCCUAGAUUAUGCUGACAGUUUAAUCUCAAAAAAACAUGGCGAACACUUGCUCACUGUUAUUCAAGAUGUUAAACAAUAUCCUAAUGUGAAUAAAAAUGGAAAGGAGUUAUGCAAAGAAAUUAUCGAAGCAUUUGAAACACCGUUCUUCCACCUGAGCGGCACCAAAGACCUGGAGCAUAUGGUGAAGAAAGCCAACAAAGCUUUUGCAGAUCGUUUCCAGCAAUACAGCGAUUUAAGACAAGCUAAAGACCAUCCUACCGGAGGGUCAUCACUAACAGGUUUAAAGCCAUCUUUAAAACAAAGGAUGCCACAGAAUAUCGUACAUUCACCAAAAGUUCUGACUGUUACGAAAUUACGGAACACUACACAAGCUAUCAAACAUCACUCCAGGGAUAAACACCCCUCCAAAGAUAAACAUCCAUCUCAAAACAAACUCCCGUCCAUAGACAAGGAGCCUUUGAAAGAUGAACGCCAGCCCAAAGUCAAGCAUCUUUUAAAAGAUAAACGCCAUGCCAAACACAAACAUUCUUCCAGGCUUGAACAUCCUACCAAAAAGAAACACUCUUCCAGCAAUCCUACAGAAGGGGAAGAAGAACAUGUCUUAAAAGAUCAAAGCCCUUUAAGACAUAAACACAAAAGCGCUACCAAAAAGACAACACCUUCAAAUAAACAUUUACAUACAAGAAAGCGCUCUUCCCAAUACGCAACUGUGUUAAGGCGAGGCCUUACCUAUAUAAAACCAGGAAUACUUAUGAGAUAA